GUUCCAAACCCCGCCGUCGUUCCUCAGCCAUUAAUGGACUCCGUCGCCGUCGCUGCCGACGCAGAUUCCAUUCGCUACCCUUACACUCUGCUACUGAGUCUGACGGGACACGAUCGGGCUGUAUCUGCCGUAAAGUUCUCCCCCGAUGGCUCUCUCCUCGCCUCCGCUUCCGCCGACAAGACUCUCCGCGUGUGGUCUACUGCAAAUUUCUCCCUCCUUGCCAAGCUCUUCGGACACGAGGAGGGUAUCUCUGACCUUUCCUUCUCCUCUGACGGUCGCUACCUCUGCUCCGCUUCCGACGACCGCACAGUCCGCAUCUGGGACGUUAAUGCCGCCACCGCUGUGAAAACCCUAUCCGGACACACCAACUAUGUUUUCUGCUGCUCCUUCAACUCUCAGUCUAACAUGAUCGCCUCCGGUUCCUUCGACGAGACCGUCCGCAUCUGGGAGGUCAAGUCCGGCAAAUGCCUGCGCGUCCUCCCGGCUCAUUCCGAACCCGUCACCGCCGUUGAUUUCAACCGAGAUGGGAGCCUUUUAGUUUCCAGCAGUUAUGAUGGACUGUGUCGGAUCUGGGACUCCGACACAGGGCGUUGCAUGAAAACCCUAAUUGACGACGACGGCCCACCAGUGUCCUAUGUGAAAUUUUCUCCCAAUGGGAAGUUUGUGCUUGCUUCAACCCUCGAUAGCACAUUGAGGUUGUGGAACUUUUCACCUGGCAAGUUUUUGAAGACUUACACAGGCCAUGUUAACUUACGAUACUGCGUUCCAGCUUCAUUUUCUGUUACAAAUGGAAAAUACAUUGUUAGUGGAUCAGAGGACAACUGUGUGUACAUUUGGGAUCUUCAAACAAGGAAAAUGUUGCAGAAACUAGAAGGUCAUACCGACAGCAUAGUUGCUUUAUCAUGCCACCCAUCCCGCAACUUGAUUGCAUCAGGGGCACUCGGUAAUGAUAAGACAAUGAAGAUAUGGAUUCAGAAGAUAGAAGACUAACUGAUGUUGAGAGUUAGGUGUUUUAUGUUUCUCAUACUCAUCUUCUAAGGUUAACACAUUUUGCCUUCUACCUUUUAUCUUAUAAAUUUGGGGAUAUGGUCUUAAUUUGAUGCAUGUCAAGAGUUGAGAAAUUCAGUAGUCAUGACAGCUUCAAAACUCCAGAUUAGCCAGCAGAUCUCCUUCAUGAAAGUUGAACCUUCUGCCCAGAAUUAUUUGGAAAACCUUUGGUACUCGUCCGCCACUUGAUCUUGAUAUGUACCCGUUGAAUCAUGAUUUAUAUCUAUAAACUUCUUGUGGGUAGACAUUCUUUACUGCCAACUUUUAAAUGUCUGAUAAAUUUUUAAAUGCCACUGGUCAGAGCAAUCCAGCAAGUUUGCACAAGCGAGAAACAGAAACCUUGAUUAAGCAAGCAGGUGCUGCCAAUACCUGGCAUCAACAUAACAUCACGUCAUGAACACUUUCUCGUAUUUUGGAACAUAAGAUCUGGUCGGGUUCAACCAUUGUCAAAGGGUCUCGAUCUUGCUCUUGGCAACAUUCAGGUUUAGCUGAGAUGGUGGAGGGAACAUGCCUCUGCUAGUUGAAUGCGUUCUUCUGGAUUUCCAGAGCUUUUUCCUGUACUCAGUAGAUUCUAUCAGUCCAUUUAUCUUCUUCCAUGCAGUGUUGUACGGCCUCAGCAUCUUUGACCUGUUAAUAGAAUCACUGAUGCUGCAAUUUAAUGCUAUUGAUCAAGAUUUUGUCAUGAUUGGA